AUGGCCUCUCCACGCUCGCCGUUUUCGACUUCCAUCUCCUCCCCCUCCUCCUCUCCCUCGCUCUAUCCGUCUUCCUACAGUUCCGUCCACUCGCCGCCUGGAUUCAGCACCAAUCUCUCCUCUGCCUCCUGGUCGCCUUCCUAUCGAGGCACCCAGGACCACUUAGACAGCUUGAUUGCCCGACACGGUCACCCCACUCGCGUUUCGCUGUCCUCCCUCGAGGAAUUAACGGCCACCUCGUCGACUUAUAAUCCCCCGUCGCCUCGUCCCUCCUCCCCGGUUUCUGACACCGCCGAUUCUCUCGACGCUCUCACUCUCUCCGGGUCCGCCUCCCGCCCGAUCCCCAUUCCCAGGCCGUCCCCUCACCACGCGCAUGACAACGACCUGCCCGUCACACCAUUAACGGGGCGUUUCGACAAGGGUUACUACUUUGCCCAGCGAGACCAGCCACCGAGAGAUCAUCACCACCACCACCACCACCACAGCCACCGAAGAAGCUCUCAUCCCCAUCGUUCUUCAUCCACCAGAAUGCGUUCCGAUAGUUCCACCUUCUAUCCUCCAGCCGUGUCUCCUUCUAUGUCUCCCACCGGUCGAUCCUCCUCCCCGCAACCUUCUCGGGCUCGAGCCCAGAACAGCUCCAAGUCGGUCCCGGCCUUCCAUCUCGGGAACCUGCCGCGCUUUCAUCCGGCCGUCUACCAGCCGUCGACCGGCAGCCAGAAUGCUCCGGCCCAGCAGCACAUCUAUCGCACCUCGACGAGCUCGCGAGAUCCCGUCUGGCAGUAUCGCGAGUUGAUGGACGGGCCCACUCUGUCCAAGACCCCCUCCCGGCCUCUUUCCCCAAGUCCUUCGGCUCCCCGCCUGGACCCUCUCCGCAGUCCGGGGCCCGUUACCCCUUUGGCUUUGGAAGAUGCCAAUGGUUAUUUACUGUCAGGUCCCUCUGCGGAUCUCUCGUCGCGUGACCACCCACAUUCCGGGCCGGCGCCUGACCUUGUCGAACGGCUCAUUGCCCGCGAGAAUGAGCGAACUCGCCAGAAGGUCAAGAAAAGUUCCAAGGGUCGAUGA